GGUUUGAAGUUGGUUGAUCAAGUAAUGAAAGUUAUUGAAAGAGUGAUUGAUAAGUUACUUAGAGAAAGAAUUGAUAUAGAUAAGAUGCAAUUUGGUUUUGUUCCAGGGCGUGGCACUACAGAUGCAAUAUUUUUACUCAGACAGCUUCAGGAAAAGUAUUUAGGAAAGAGAAAGAAUCUCUAUUUUGCCUUUGUAGAUUUAGAGAAAGCUUUUGAUAGAGUGCCACGUAAAGUUAUUUGGUGGGCUAUGAGAAAAUUAGGUGUGGAUGAGUGGCUAGUUACGAUGGUUCAGUCUAUGUACAGCAAUGCUAGAAGUCGUGUCAGGAUUAACGAUUCACUUAGUGAUGAAUUUAGUGUAAAUGUUGGUGUACAUCAGGGUUCUGUACUUAGUCCUUUGUUGUUUAUUCUAGUCUUAGAAGCGCUGUCGAUGGAGUUCAGAACAGGUUGCCCAUGGGAGUUAUUGUAUGCAGAUGAUUUGGUUCUCAUAGCAGAGUCGAUGGAAGAAUUAGUUGAAAAGUUUGAGAAGUGGAAGAAAGGACUAGAAGAGAAAGGGCUGAAGGUAAACACAGCAAAGUCUAAAGUCAUGAUAAGUAGCAUUGCAGCCAAGUGUGACCUUGUAGUUGGAAAGUGGCCUUGUGGAGUUUGCAGGAAAGGGGUUGGUAGUAACUCAAUUUUUUGUCAGACUUGCAAGCAUUGGGUACAUAAGAAGUGCAGUAGUAUUAGUGGAAGGUUAAGAGCUGGCAUACAGUUUGUAUGCAAGCGUUGCAAAGGUGAGAUUAUAGAGAAUGAAGUAUUUCCAGCUUUAAUGAUGUACAACAGUGGCUCGUUAGAGAUAGUUAAGAACUUCUGUUACUUAGGUGAUAUGUUGGGCAGUGAAGGGGGUGUUGGAAGAAGUGUUACUUGCAGGAUAGGUUCUGCUUGGAAAAAGUUUAGAGAGUUACUUCCUUUAUUGACUAGCAGAGUCCUGUCAAUUGAGGUAAAAGGUAGGUUGUAUGAGGCCUGUGUAAGAAGUGUUAUGUUGUACGGUAGUGAGACAUGGGCAGUGAAGCAGGAAGAUCUUGACCGUUUAGAAAGGAAUGAUAUGAGAAUGGUUAGGUGGAUGUGUAAUGCCAGUCUGAGAGACAGAAAGAGUUCAGAUGAGCUAAGAAGCAGGCUAAGUCUCUGUAGAAUUAAAGAUGUUAUCCAGAUAAGAAGGUUGAAUUGGCUGGGGCACUUGGAAAGAAUGGAGGAGAAUAAUUGGGUAAGAAAGUGUAGAGACUUGAUAGUUCCUGGGGCAAAGCCCAGAGGCAGACCGAGAAAGACUUGGCAGGAGGUUAUAAGGACAGACUUGAUAGAGAGGAAGUUGAGUUUAGAUCUAACACAGUCUAGAUCAGAUUGGAAGAGGGUCAUUAAUAUACCCCGUCCAACCCAUGCUAGCAUGGAAAACAGACGUUAAGCCGAGAAUGAUGAUGAUGAUGAUGAUGAUGAUGAUGAUGAUGAACCAACCCAAUAUUGUACUUUCUUUUUCCUUCAACAGUUACAGUCAUUUUGUUUGAACUAUUUGCUUUUAGAAAAUAGUCCAAUAAGGAUGAACAUAUGUCCAACAAGUUUUGGUUUUGCGUCUGGUUUAUCAAAUUUUUUGUAAACCCCAAAUUUUUA